GCGCAUUUAAUAGUCAAUCAACCGUUUACAACUGAAUAUACGACGUUCAAAAGUUCAAGAAAUGCAUUCCACUCGAGUUCAUAAAGUAAUAAAUCAAAUUAUUUUCUUCUGUCGUCGUAUCGGUCUUUGGCAUGGAGAAGACAGACCCACUGCUACUCAACUCGGACUGAAGUCGUUCUGUUGCAUAUACUACUGGUUAUUUCCCAUUUCGUUCGGGAUUGGAGCAAUUACAGGCGAAACCAUAGAUCAAAGUGUUUUCUUAGCAGAAUUGUCCAUUAUUACCGUAGUUGUGACUGUUAAAAUUGUGAUGUUGCUCUGUAAUCAGAAAUCAAUUACGAGAUUGCUAGAUCGAAUCUGUGUUUUCUCAAUACAAAAUGACGAAGAUUUCGCAUUUUUCAAUGGGAAAGUGGAAAAAUUCAUCAAAUUUGUGAAUGUAUUCGCAUGUGGUACUAUCGUUGCUACACUGGGAUGCUCAAUUUUCCCUUUUAUUGGAAAAAAGAAAGCUUUUGUGAUGGAUUUUGCGUUUCCAUUGGAUUGGAGAAAUAGUGAGAUUGGGUUUUGGAUGGCGUACAUUUUCUUCACUAGCGAAAAUAUUUUAACGUUUCUGCCAUUAACGUUUUCCGUUCUAAUUUGGUAUUUACUGCUGCAAUGUUCUUUAAGAUAUAAAAUUCUGGGAAUGGAAAUAAGAAACUUGGGACGAAUACCCGGCGGCGGUAAAGUGAAUAUGUCGGAGAAGGAACAACAGACAAUUUUUCGUCGGGACUUAGUGGCGUCGAUUAAAGCUCACCUACAUUUAAGAGAAUUAAUAGACGAACUGGAAUCAUUUUUGUCAACUCUUUUUCUACUGCAACUCGCUACCAGUGGCCUCUGUAUUUGCGGUUCAAUUUAUUGUUUGGCAUUCGAUGUUAGUGUCAACACUGUGGAGCGCAUAGUUCAUGUCUAUUCGCUCUUUUACAGCAUUGCUGAGUUAUUUAUGAUAACUUACUUGGGGAAUGAGAUUUUGUUGUCAAGUGGUCGACUUACUUACAGUCUGUUUGAAUCUGAAUGGAUCGGCCAACCGCAUUCGACCAUGAAAUGCAUAAUCAUUUUCGGUGAAUAUCUGAAGCAAUCGCAUGAGAUGCUGAUCGGUAAAUUGUAUCCGUUGACUUUGGAAACAUUUACUAAGAUUUUGAAUUCGUCAUACAGCCUGUUCAACAUUUUGAAAAACACUAAACAGUAAAAAUGGAGGCAGCAGAGGAUGUAGGCCUUUUAAUACAUUAUACACAAAGCACCUCAAGAUUUUCAGCAACGUUUAACAAUCACAUUGGU